AAAAAAUUAAGCAACAAUGAAGAAUGUAAAAAUGCAAAUGAAAAUAGAUUCGUCAGCUCGCUGCGUCGUUUCAUAUCAGUAGGGUGCGCAGACGCUGCUAAACGUGCGCACGGCCGCGCCACACGACCCCCGUACAGUGUCAAGAAAACAAAAUGUUUAGUGUAAAGUGCCACUGGAAAAUAGUAUUACUUUUUAUAGGUAUUUUUCACAGCACGCAAGCGGCUUGGUUACGCUGUUACAAGGGAACGCUUGAUAACUUCGAAGUGGUUCCAUUGACGAAACCCCAACUCCUGGUUAAUUCAACAUGUAUCAACCAUGGCCACCCGACCAUCGUGUUCACGUUCGGCUACAGAGGCAAAGUGGGGGGACCGGCCACUACCGCCGUCCUCUCUGCCUACUUAGCCACUAAAAAGAGGAACGUGAUUCUCCUUGAUUGGGAGAAGGAAGCUGACGUCGGAAUUCUCGGUCUGCCAAUGACUUACGUACUUUCGGCAGUUCCGAAUGCAAAAAUUGUUGGUGACGAUUUGGGAGAAGCUCUUACAAUGUUGGCCCGAGCUGGGAUGAAUACGACACGACUACAUCUCUUAGGACAUUCCUUGGGUGCCCACGUGAUGGGGUACGCUGGCAAGCGGGCCAGAGAAAACGGCCAUGUUGUUGCAAGAAUCACAGGUUUAGAUCCAGCACGGGCUCUGUUCGAGGGCUCGCUGGGCGUGCGCGCCGGGCUGGACCGCAAGUGCGCGCGCUUCGUGGACAUCAUCCACAGCGACCCUGGUGGCUACGGCACCACCACCUCCGCCGGCACCGUGGACUUCUGGCCCAACUACGCGGGUAGCGGCGGCACGCAGCCCGGCUGCCCCAAUGGGGACUUUGACAUGUUCAGCCCGGAAGAGUUUCUUGACGAUAAUAACUCUGAGUUCGCCGAAUAUUAUCUGACCUCCGAGCAAAUUCAGAACAUGACACGGGAGCAAAAGAUGCGAACUAUAUCUCAGCGUAACCUGUGCAGUCACGACCGCUCCUGGCGGCUGUUCGUGGAGUCGAUACAAUCGCCCACGGCCUUCCCGAGCGCGUUCGCGCCGGAUUACGACACCUGGGCGAGGCACCCCGCUCGCUCCGCUCACUCCAUUUAUAUGGGAGACUUGGUCAACACGCGUGCCUCGGGCGACUAUUUCCUAACCACACGGCCGACGUCGCCCUACAGCAUGGGGCCUCGGGGCCUCAUUCCCGACGACAACCAGACGAGGAGACGACGGAGCUCGACCCUCACCCGCUUGCUCAAGUACCUCAGGUGAUACGUCGCCAACACAGUGCACACAACUCGAAGGACUGCCUAUUAUUAUAUUACUAGAUUACUUUAUAAGUGAUAGUGAGUCCGUUGUCUAGUGCUAGUGAUGUACCGGCGUCCCCACAGUGAACGGACAAUUCGUAAACCUAUGUGCAAAAACACAGGUCUACACAGAUCCGGAUCCGGAAUCGGAUUAUAUUAGCGAAUUCAUCAAGAGUAUUGAGGUCGCACAGACUGGCUGAUAAUAAAGUAUUGAUAAUAGAGUGUAUGUGAACUGUUCGUAGGGGUAUCAUCAUAGCCAUCAUAGGUGUUAAAAGCUUACAGUGCUGAUGUCAAGUAAAUAAUUCCGAUUUAGGCCAGUAGGUGGCAUAUACCUACUCUCUUACAUGCACCUUAAUAAUAAAUGGGCUUCGUUUUUGCCAAUUCAAACUGCUGUUUUAAAUAGGGUGCAAAUUCUUGACAUCUCAAUAUUCACUUAUAUUGCAUUCCGAUAGUUUAUUACGACAGAAGACAUGGGAUGUAACGUAAAUAUUUACUAAAGUAUCGAAAAGCGAAGCUAAAAGAAUGGUUUUAAUUUACCAAUGGACGAGGAUGGCUUGGUUUGUUUAUGAAUUCAUGAUGUGAUACCUAAUCAUGAUGUUGAUGGGGAAAAAAAUAUGUAAGAUGUUAGCUUAUUUCUGACAAUAAACUAUGUAAGUUGUUAUACAUAUUUUUAAUGUUAAAAGU